GAUUGCAAAUGUGAUUGCAUUGAGUGGUGUGAGAGAGAGUGGAUGUGUUCAGUGAUUGCCAGUCAAUGCAAGUAGUGAUCACUUGAAUGAGUCUUAUCUUUGUUUGGCAACACAUUCACUGAUUAGCAGUUUGUGUGCAAAACACUGUAAUAAUGACUGUUUUGGCAGUGAUUGUCACCAAAUAUGACACAAGUAUUGCUGAGACUGUUCAGCGCAUCCCCAGCGAUGGGAAGGCUCUCUAAUCCCAAGACUUUAUUUCCACUCAUUUGUUGCGAUCACUCUUCUGUUCACUUGAAUCCAAUCCGUUGCUAUCGAUUCACACCACAGAUGUCUUCGACGGACCAUCACUUCUCGGAACCCAUUGAACCCUUCACUCCGAAGAGGGCCUUAGUUUUGACCAAAUUUUCGAGAUAUGAGUUCGAGAAGAAGCGGAACCCAGACCUCAGUGAAGAACAACUCAUCACUUCUUUGGAAAGUCGUGGCAGUGAUUAUAAGCGCCUCAUAUCCCACCACAACAUCCAUAAGCAAAGUCAAGACCACAUCACCCAAUGUCUGAAGGCGUCGGGAAUUGAGACCAAAGUCGUGAACCGAACAGAAUAUACGGACAAAAACAUCGAGUGGGCGGACCUUAUCAUCACCUCUGGAGGCGACGGAACCUUUCUGAUGGCCGCCUCUAAAGUGAAUAAUCGCAAUAAACCACUGAUUGGUGUGAACAGUGAUCCCCAGCGAUCGGUUGGUCACCUCUGUCUUCCCAAACGCUAUUCCAAUAAUUUCGGUGAAGCUCUUCGGCUCCUCAGCGAUGGACACUUCAAAUGGAAAUACAGACAACGGAUUCGUGUGAUCCUCGAGUCGGAGAACGCCAAUGAAGAGCCCCUCGAACUCCACGAACAACAACUCAAAUGUCUUGAGAACAGGUUCUUAGACCUGGAGUCGAGUCAAGACUCGAAGGACACGAAGUGUGUCCGCAAUGCCAAGACUGUGAAGAAGGUGUUGCCGUUUAAGGCGUUGAAUGAGGUGUUUGUCGGCGAAACUAUCUCUUCGCGCGUCUCUUACUAUGAGUUCUCAGUGAACGAUAAGACGAGAGCGAAGCUGAAGAGCUCUGGUCUGACGGUGUGUACGGGCACGGGAUCCACCUCUUGGUUCUUCAACAUCAACAAAGUGACGCCACAAUGCGUUCAAAGUCUCUUUCAGAUCAUCAACACUGAAAUGAAUGGACAAACUCUUCCAGAAAAUGACACCAAAGCUAUCGAAAGAGUGACCGAAAAGUUCAACAAUUCAUUGAUCUUCGAUCCGUCGGAACCGUUGAUGGCGUACGUCAUCAGAGAUCCCGUUGUGUUCGGCACUGAAUUCCAGAGCAAUCCCAGAGGUUUCGCCAAAACUAUAUCUUUGAAGUCGCGGAUGACUGACGCGAAUAUAGUCAUCGACGGCGGGCUGUCCUAUAAGUUCAAUGACGGCGCGAAAGUGACGUUUGCUAUCCUCGAAGAGGACGCUCUCAGGACUGUCUCUCUGAAGGAAUAAUCCAUUUAUUUGUAAAUUAUUUUAAUUUUCUAUUUGGUCUGCGAAUUGUCGGCAAAUAUAGACAUCAUUUCUAUUUCGAUUGGAUGUAGUUUCCCGGGAAUUAUCACCGAAUGAAGUGGUGCUCCCAUUUCGAUGGCUAACAUAUCCUUCAAUUGACACGUCUUUAUAGUCUGGUCAUCGCAUCCAAUCCUCGCCAACGCUAUGACUACUGUUUUCUCAUUGAAUAACUCAUUGGGAUAACUGUCAGUGGCUUUCGAUUCAAUGAUUUCUAACAAUUGUUUCGAUGCUAUAUUGACAGACAUAUAACGGGGCGGUUCGUAGACUACUUUCCCUUUAAUCAUAGCGUCAAUCGACUGCUCCUUCACUUUAAUAUCUUUGAAAUAAAUUAUUAAUAAAUUAAUUAUAACUUAUUAGAGACACAAAU